AUGAAUGAAAGGCCACCUCUAUACCACGGACGGAACGACCUGGAGACUUUAUUGAGCAGCCACCGAGCCGCUGACUGGAUAGAUAUCAGUCGGAUGUUGCUAGGGCCGACACCUGAUGGAUUCACUUUCAUACCGAAGCAUAAAGCGAGUUCAUAUUGA